AUGGAUCCUACCCCACCACCAUCACCAUAUACUAUAAACUCCAAAAACUCCAUAAGUUCAAUAGACAGGCUUAAAUUGAAUGAUUUUCACACGAUCUUUUGUGACUAUGGUGAAAAGAUAGCUAAGCAACAAGGUCAGCUUGAGCAUAUGAAGGAGGAGAUGGGUCAAGAUUACCUUCAUUCCAAGGUGGAUGUCCUCAACAUGCAACAAAGUUUCGACCAUGUUGAGAAGCAGAAUAAAGUGAUUUCUCUGUUGGUUGUGGGUGUUGUCGUUGUCAUGUUCCUGGUCAUGAUUUUCAUCAUUCACUUGAUAUUCAUCAAGUGA